GCGUGUUUCGAAACCAGCGGCAAAACACAGGAGGGCAAAGUUCAAUGCGCAUAACCACCGCGCAUGCGUGCGCAUACUAUACAACUACUAUGUCGAACACGCACGUGAACAAAAGAACAUCCAGACAGAGCAUUUAUUGAAGCAUGUGACCUCCGCCUACACUGAAAUUAUCAUUGAAACAAGUGGAUGCAGUAGCUACCUAUGCUACCUCUAGCUACCUCCAACUGAAGUUUGUUGUUGCUCUGAAUGGCCAAACUCUGCAAUAGUUAUCCACCACUAACCGUGGUAGGCAACAGAGUCCUUCAAGCAGAGACAGAUGCACAGAAAACUCCAGUGGCAGUUCACCUGUAUCAACAAGGUACUCACGGAUAUGGUGGAAUUACCUCACCUAUAACAACACAACCGGAAAAGAAGGGUGAGAAACGGCCAGUUUUGCCAAAGAUAAACAUAUUUCCAAAGAAACCAGACAACUACCGAUGGUACUCCCUGUUUGUCCUUUUCUGCUCUUGCUUUUUGUGCGGGCUUGUUGCUCUCAUUUACAGUUUCAAGGUGGAUGAAGCCUACAAAAGAGGUGACAUAGUUGCUGCCCGCUCAGCCUCAGAGAGAGCCAGGAAAUGGAGCUACUUUGGAGUUCUCUGUGGAAUCAUGGACUUUGUGAUCAUGGCAGCAAUUUGGUUGAUCAUCUUGUACGGCGUCUGGCGAAUACAGCAGUGAAGGCUAGCUGAUGAUUAAGAUAGCCUUUGUGUCUGUCAGUGAAGAGUUGACUUUGAAUUUUUAUACCUCAAUGUUUAUAUUAUACAGAAAUCAUUGUUUGAAGACAUAGUUGAAGACAAGCCAGUAAAUUAUUAUGUGAGGGGGUCAGGGCACCCAAAGGUUUCAGACUCAAAAAAUACAAAAUGUUCAAUCACGGAAACUGCCUUUUAUAUAUUAUAACAUGGUCUGCUCAUUUGUCUCCGUGAAUGUGGGUGUUUGUGGUUUUUGUUUUAUGUCACUAUAUUAUAGUUCAAGCCAUUGCUUUCACAGAACUGUUUCAGAGAGAAAUAUUUCACUC